GAGAGAGAGACAUCAGAGAGAAAGUGAGAAAAAGCGUAGAGAGAGAAAGGAAGAGCGAGAGAGAGAGAGAGAGAGAGAGGGUUAUAGUUAAUAUUUUUUGCUGCUGUAAAAAAAACAACGGCAACUGCGUUGAGUGGCGAAUUGGAAAAUUUAAAUGAGUGAUAGAGGUCCAGCAGCGCCGCCGCCGCCGCCGGUGACGGAGCAGCAGCUUGCGGAGGCGCUGGAGUCCGUCCUCCGCGACGGAAGCAACGCGUUCACCUCCGUACACGGCGUCGUUCAGCAGCUCGAAUCGAAAUUGGGUGUCAAUUUGAGCAACAAAAUCGACUUCAUCCACAGCCAGAUCCACCGUUUCCUCCUCCUCCGUUCCCAGCCCCAGAAUUUCAUUCCCCAACACCACCACCAGCAGAAGGACCAUUUUGCCCUCCACCAAAACCCCAAUUUCCUCCCCUCCAAUUCCCCGCAUUUGCCCCCAAAUUUCACCGGACAUCUUCCCGCAGAGAGUUACGGCUUCCGCCCGACCCAGCCACCUCAGCCGCAGUUGUCUCAUCCCCCUCCGGUUCCACCGGUGGUGGUCACUGCACCCGCACCCAGUGUUGCCGGCGCCGGCGCCUCCGCCAAAGAGAGUGCUCCGCCAAGGAAAAAAAGAAGAGGUGGACCCGGUGGUCUAAACAAACUCUGUGGCGUUUCUCCCGAGCUUCAAGCCAUUGUGGGUCACCCAACUUUACCGAGAACUGAGAUAGUGAAACAGUUGUGGAUUUACAUAAGGAAAAACAAUCUUCAAGACCCAAACAACAAAAGGAAGAUAAUUUGCAACGACGAGCUCCGUUUGGUAUUCGAGACUGAUUGUACCGACAUGUUCAAGAUGAAUAAAUUACUAGCUAAGCAUAUAAUUGCGCUCGAGCCCACAAAAGAAAGACCUAAAAGUACUAAGAAACUGAAGGCUGACGCAGAAUCGGGGAGUAAAAGUGAAGAACCCGUUCCAAUUGUGGUGAUAUCUGAAGAACUUGCGAGUUUCUUGGAAGCUGAUGAGAGAGAGAUGUCACAAGCAGAAGUGUUGAGGCAGAUGUGGGAGUACAUAAAGGUUCAUCAACUUGAGGAUCCUUUGAAUUCGACAACCAUCCUAUGUGAUACAAAAUUGCAAGAGCUUCUUGGGUGUGAAAGUGUUCCAGCAUUAGGGAUACCAGAGAUGUUGGCACAACGCCAUUUAUUCAAGAAACCGUGACAGAUACACACUGACUGAUUAAAUGAUGUUAAUGCUAACUUACCGUAUUCUGACAUCAUCAUCAUCAAACGCUCCGUGGGAAAGAAGAUUUUAAUUGGCCUUGUUCUUUCAUAUAUGCUUAGGCUUGCGACUAUGGUGCUAUUAAACGAAAACCCGAAUUAUUUAGGUAGGUAAAAAAUUAUUAAUAGACUGCUAUUCUCUUGGCUAACUGCAAGUAUAUAUAUAUGUAUCUAUAUAUAUAUAUUGUGGCUAAACUAUAUUAUAUAUUUCCAAGAGGUGUUCAUUAUUUGUUUGUGGAAUUGUAAUUUGCUCACUGUAGAGUAACAGGUUUUUCAGACAAGAAGAUUGUAGUCUAAUGUUUAUUAUGGUUUGUGUAGUAAAUUAUAUAUCA